GGGACGAUCGUGAUCAAUCCUACACCAACCGAACUUACAUAGGAAUAUUUCCUCAGUUCCUUCAGCGCUCUAGGGUUUUUAACACCGCCGCUUCAAGCAUCGCAGACUCAACCCAUCUUGGCAGGCAAGCGCUCGAGUAGAAGAAGAAUACUAAAAAAUGCCGUCGCACAAGACUUUCAAGAUUAAGAAGAAGCUAGCGAAGAAGAUGAGGCAGAACAGGCCUAUCCCUCAUUGGAUUCGUAUGCGCACCGACAAUACCAUCAGGUACAACGCUAAGCGCAGGCACUGGCGUCGUACGAAGCUUGGCUUCUGAGAAUGCUUUGAAUUAGUUAUUCAUUAGGGUUUAUUUUAAGAUUACGGGAUUUUUUUUUUUGUGGAAUUAACUUUCUGAAGGUAUUAUGUUUUAAUUUGAAUAUGAAAUGCAACUAAGCCAUUGUUUUGGCCA